UACCAAACGGCUAUAAGUGACGUUACAAGUUCUGCAGAACACACAAAAACACACACACAAAACAGACACACACACACACACAUAGAGAGAGAAAGAGAGAGAGAGGGAGAGGGAGACUUUAAGGUCGUUGGGUUUUGUUGGGGUUAACUUCGCCAAAUUUCUCUUUGAAAUCUUAGGCCUUUGGUUUUGGAGGAGGGGUUAUUGAUCUGGGUCUCAAAGAUCUGAUUCUCGUUUCUCACUGAGAAAGAGAGAGAGAGAGAAAGAGAGAAUUGGGCAUUUUGUUUUUGGUUCUUCUUCAAUAUAUACACAAUAUUUUAUAGUAUAUAUAUAGAGUUGAGAAUCAUGACAGACGGGUAUUAUAGUUCUAAGAAGACUGAUGACAUCUGCGAUGAAGUUUGUGGCCAGCAGGGAACUCCUACAUCCCUGAGCAUGUCAAGACUCCGGUGUAUCCUGCGAGGGUUGGAUUUGAGGACAUAUCUGCUCUUGUUUGUGUUUGUCCCAUUAUUCAUUGUUGGCAUAUAUGUACAUGGGCAGAAGGUCACUUAUUUCCUAAGGCCACUAUGGGAAUCACCUCCAAAGCCAUUUCAUGAGAUCCCUCACUAUUAUAAUGAGAAUGUAUCGAUGGAGACCCAAUGCAAACUUCAUGGGUGGGGAAUUCGUGAAUCACCAAGACGAGUCUUUGAUGCAGUUCUGUUCAGUAAUGAGCUUGACAUCCUUACAAUUCGGUGGAAUGAAUUGUAUCCAUAUGUGACACAGUUUGUUCUUCUUGAAUCAAACUCAACAUUCACAGGUGUGCCUAAACCAUUGAUUUUUGCAAGGAACCGUGAUCGGUUCAAGUUUGCCGAUCCUCGGCUGACUUAUGGGAUGGUUGGAGGAAGAUUCAAGAAAGGCGAAAAUCCAUUUAUUGAAGAGGCAUAUCAGAGACUAGCACUUGACCAGCUUUUGAAAAUUGCAGGCAUAGAAGAUGAUGACUUGUUGAUAAUGUCUGAUGUUGAUGAGAUUCCAAGUGCCCAUACAAUUAAUCUCUUGAGGUGGUGUGAUAACAUCCCGCCUAUUCUUCACCUUCAGCUUAGAGACUACUUGUAUUCAUAUGAGUUUUAUAUUGAUAACAAAAGCUGGAGAGCUUCGGUCCACAGGUACCAGUCUGGCAAGACUAGAUAUGCACAUUAUCGACAAACUGAUGACCUCUUUUCAGAUGCGGGGUGGCAUUGUAGCUUUUGCUUCCGCCGUAUCAGUGAGUUCGUUUUUAAGAUGAAGGCUUACAGCCAUAAUGAUCGGGUCAAGUUUUCUCAUUACCUGAACCCCGAUAGGAUUCAGGAUAUUAUAUGCAAAGGGGCUGACCUCUUUGACAUGAUGCCUGAGGAGUACACAUUUAAGGAGAUCAUUGGGAAGUUGGGACCUAUUCCUCAUUCUUAUUCAGCAGUACAUCUUCCAGCAUAUUUGUUGAACAAUGCUGAGAAGUACAAAUAUCUGUUGCCUGGUAACUGCAAAAGAGAAAGUGGCUGAGUCUUGAAAAAGAGGUUCUUUUGUAUAGAUUGGAGAUGCAGAUUCUGCAUUGCACUGAACAGGGCUCAAUUGGAUGAUUAAUGGUUUUGGUGAAGCAGCAAUACAAGUAUACCUUAUAUCUAAUGAAGUUAGGUCACUCCCUAGAGAGAUUAUUGGAGGAACUUGUCAGGGCCUUGGAAUUUGACAGAAAACUCUCUAUAUCCUCCUUUUGGUGAGUUGGUGUUUCUUCUGGUAUGGAGGCAUGCCAAUUUUCUGAGUAGGGAGCUCACUGUGAGAGAAUAGUCUAUGGCUGUGACUAGUUUAUGUAUCAUUUCUUGCCAGUGUAGCAUGAUCCCAUAUUGCAUAAAUGUAUAAUGACAUUUUCCAGCUUUUCUGUGCUGGAAAUUUGGCUUUCUUAGACUAAUUUAUUCAUAUAAUCUUAUCACAACUUGGGUUGUCUAUCA